AUGGCAGCGAAAUCCGACGGUCGGGGGGUCGUCACCGGUUUCGCCCAGCUGCACAACCUGGACGAGGCGGUGGGGAGCUGCGAGGACGACCCGAGGCACGGCAGCUCCUUCCACAUCUGCCACUGCUGCAACACAUCAUCGUGCUACUGGGGCUGUCGGAGCGCCUGUCUGCAUUACCUCCUGGGGAAGGGGAGAGAAAUCCGGCGGCCCCCUUACGAGGAGCGCCUGUGGUUGGACUGCCUCUGGAUCGUCCUCGCGCUGCUGGUCUUCUUCUGGGAUGUGGGCACUGAUUUGUGGCUGGCGGUCGAUUACUACACCAAGCAGGACUACCUCUGGUUCGGACUCACGCUGUUCUUCGUCCUGGUCCCGUCAGUUCUGGUCCAGAUCCUGAGCUUCAGGUGGUUCGUGCAGGAUUACACGGGGGGCGGUUUGGGGUCCGUGGAGGGUCUCAGAAGCCGGAUGGCCACGGGGUGUCCGAGCACAGGGGUGUACGGCAGGGGCAAGUGCUGUCGCCUAUCAGUGUGGGUCUGGCAGACGCUCAUACACAUCCUUCAGAUGGGACAAGUAUGGAGGUACAUCAGAACAAUGUACCUCGGAAUCCAGAGCCGCAGACAGAAGGAGAACCAGCGACGCUUCUACUGGGCCAUGAUGUACGAGUAUGCCGAUGUCAACAUGCUCCGACUACUAGAGGCAUUUCUGGAGAGCGCUCCACAGCUGGUGUUGCAGCUCUGCAUCAUGAUCCAGAAGAACCGGGCCGAAACACUGCAGUGUGUGUCAGCGGUCGCGUCUCUCCUCUCUCUGUCUUGGGUUCUGGCCUCCUACCACAAGCUUCUGCGUGAUUCCCGUGAUGACCAAAAGAGCAUGAGCUACCGGGGAGCACUGGUGCAUCUCAUGUGGCGUUUGUUCACCAUCUCUUCUCGGGCUCUGUCUUUCGCUCUAUUUGCCUCCAUUUUCCACCUCUACUUUGGCAUUUUUGUGGUGCUGCACUGGUGUGCCAUGGCCUUCUGGGUAAUCCACGGAGGCACCGACUUCUGUAUGUCCAAAUGGGAGGAGGUGCUAUUUAACAUGGUGGUGGGCGUGGUCUACAUCUUCUGCUGGUUUAACGUCAAGGAGGGAAGGACCCGAUACCGCAUGGUGGUCUAUUAUUCGUUGGUGCUUGUGGAAAAUACCAUCCUGACUGCGCUGUGGUAUGCCUACAGAGACCCAACCACUACAGACUCAUACGCUGCAUCUGCCCUCUGUGGCGUCUUCCUGUGCUUUGCCUCUGGAGUGGCAUGCAUGGUCCUUUAUUAUGGGGUGCUGCAUCCCAUGGGGCCCAGGCUCAGGGUGCUGGCCAGUUCCUGCUGUGCUGAGCUGCUCUGGGGCCUCCCCUUACCACCAGAGGCUGAGCCCAUGGCUCCCACUCCAGGGCCUAGGGGCUCCCAAGCCACCCCCACCAGGGGCAUGGCUUCAGAGGACUAUGGAGAACCAGAGGAAGCUGCCACGGACACUUGCCUCCCUGUGUUCCAGGUGAGAUCCACAGAGCCCACUGAUGCAGCGGGGAGACCCAUUCCUCCCGAGGGGCCCCUAAUCAAGAUUGACAUGCCCAGGAAGCGCUACCCGGCCUGGGAUGCUCACUUUGUGGACCGACGUUUGCGGCGGACCAUAAACAUCCUCCAGUACAUCAGCCCCAAUGCAGUGGGCAUCAGGUACAGGGAUGGGCCUCUCCUCUACGAGCUGCUCCAGUAUGAGUCCUCCCUAUGA